AUGGUCAAGUCGUUACUCUUCGGAACUGAAAAGGAAAUAGACAUCAAUAUGGAAAACGUCACAUUUUUCUAUGACCAUUUCGACGACGACACCAUUCCCGAAGAACUACGGCGGUCUCUUUCAGUAAGGGUGAUCAGCUCAGUGUUCACCCUUUUGGUGGGUGUGGUAAGCAUUGUCGGAAACUCGGCUGUGGUCUUCGUUUCUUAUGAAGAAGCACAAUGCGCAUUUGAUUGGCGCAUUUAUGAAGUUCGGUUUUUCUCAGUUCCGUCAAUUGUUGUCGGCUUCUACAUUCCCGGAUUGUUCAUGAUAAUCUGCAACGCGUUAGUUAUUUCUACAGCCUUGAAAUGGGAGAGAAAAAAAGUAUUUGUCAUGCGAAUGAAUGAGUCAUCUGAAAACAAUGAGAACAUGAAGAAAACAAUUAUAACCACAUUGGUUCUCGUUAUAACGUACUACGUGUGUGUGUCUCCCUACGUUGUAUCGAAAAAUGUUUACAUACUUACAGGUUUGAAUAUUCCACCAUUAUGGAAUAUUUUUUGUACAGUACUUUUUUACAUGUCGUCUGCGGUAAAUCCGUUUAUUUAUGCUAUUCUCCGUAAAGAUUAUACUGCAGCGUUCAAGACAAUCCCCCGAAUGUUGUCCCAAAGAUUUUUCUGA